UACCCUUUACUCAACACAACAUAACCAUCACAAAAACCGCAUUAAGCUCAAGAAUGGAAGCCGCUAAAGAAUGGUUUGCUCAUAUGGGUUCAGUUCUUGCUAGUAUGAUGUUUGUUUGGGCCAUGUUUCGGCAAUAUUUUCCUUAUGAACUUCGGGAAUACUUUGAGAAACACUCCAAAAGAUUGGUCGUUUUUUUCUACCCUUAUAUCCAAGUCACGUUUCACGAGUUUACAGGUGACCGUUUCAUGCGCAGUGACGCUUACUCAGCUAUUGAGAAUUAUCUGAGCUCCAAGUCGUCUACUCAAGCUAAGAGACUCAAAGCUGAUAUUGUCAAGAACAAUAAUCAGUCACUUGUGCUGAGCAUGGAUGAUUAUGAAGAGGUUUCUGAUGAGUUCCAGGGAGUCCGAUUGUGGUGGAGUUCAGGGAAAAACGUAACAAAGUCUCAGGUGGUUUCUUUUUAUUCUGUGACGGAUGAAAAGAGAUUCUACAAGCUCACUUUUCAUAAGCGAUACAGGGAGCUCAUCUUGGGGCCUUACCUUGUUAAUGUCCUGAAAGAAGGCAACGCGAUCAAGGUGAGAAACCGGAUGCGAAAGCUUUACACAAACAAUUGUUCGAGGUGGAGCCAUGUCACGUUUCAGCACCCUGCAACGUUCCAGACACUUGCCAUGGAAGCCGAGAAGAAGCAAGAGAUUAUGGAGGACUUGAUCACGUUCAGCAAGGCUGAAGACUUCUAUGCAAGAAUUGGGAGAGCCUGGAAAAGAGGGUAUCUUUUGUAUGGACCUCCGGGGACCGGCAAGUCUACCAUGAUUGCUGCCAUGGCGAAUCUUUUAGGCUAUGAUUUGUAUGAUCUUGAGCUCACUUCUGUCAAAGACAAUACUGAACUGAGGAGGCUACUGAUUGAAACAUCUAGCAAGUCGGUUAUUGUCAUCGAAGACAUCGAUUGUUCGCUUGAUCUUACAGGCCAAAGGAGGAAGAAAAAAGAGAAAGAAGAAGAGGGAAAUAGCACAGAGAAGGAUCCGAGACAGAAACUUGAGAAAGAAGAAAGAGAGACAAGAAGCAGCCAGGUUACUCUUUCAGGAUUAUUGAAUUUUAUUGAUGGCAUUUGGUCAGCUUGUGGGGGUGAAAGAUUAAUAGUGUUCACAACAAAUCAUAUAGAGAAGCUCGAUCCAGCUCUAAUUCGGAAAGGCAGAAUGGAUAAGCAUAUAGAAUUGUCAUAUUGUAGCUUUGAAGCAUUCAAAGUUCUUGCCAAGAACUACCUCAGUAUUGAUUCACAUGAUUUGUUCGCAACAGUUAGUGAAUUGCUGCGAGAAACAAAAUUGACACCAGCUGAUGUUGCAGAGCAUUUGAUGCCAAAAAAAUUUCCACCUGACGUGGAGUUUAGCCUGAGAAGCUUAAUCCAGGCCCUGGAAGUGGCAAAAGAAGAAGCAAAAUUGAAAGCUGUGAAAGAAGCAGAAGAGAAAGAGAAAGAGAAAGAGGAGGAGUUAACAGGGGAACCAGGCUUUGUUACUUUAAAGGUUAAAUAGACUUUGAUUGAACAGUGUAAUUGCUCAUCAGGUUGGCCAGUUUCUGAACCAAUUGUUAGUACAAAAACAAUAUAAACAAUUUAAGCUAGCAAAUAUGGCUGGUUUUAGUUUGAAUUCUAUGUGUAUAUCAUGAUCUUGUUUGUAUAUAAGUCGAUGAACUGUUGGUUUGAUUUCA